AUGCAUGUGGAGGAGGUGUUUGGGUUUGACAAAAAGGCGGUAUCUGUGGGGGUGUAUGGAACCGACGACGCGGCCCAUCCGGGAGUCGCCAGGACGGCCGCCAUGAACGAGUCCCUGGUGGGCGGCAGGAUAGAACUCGUCUCGCGACCCCAGGAGACCGGGAUCAGGAGGUACCGCAUGACACCGACCCAGACCAGGCAGGCGUUUGUGGAGGCAGGCUGGAAGACCAUAGUCGCGUUUCAGACAAGGAACCCGCCGCAUGUGGCGCACGAGAUGCUGCAGAAGACGGCCAUCACCACCCGGGACGGCGUGUUUGUAAACCCGCUCAUAGGCAGAAAGAAGUCGGGAGAUUUUGUGGACGACGUGAUCGUCAGGUGUUAUGAGAGCAUGAUACAGAACUACUAUCCGGAGAACAGGUGCCGGCUGGCCACACUCCAUACGGAGAUGAGGUAUGCAGGCCCACGGGAGGCCAUCCACCACGCCAUAAUGAGGCAGAACUACGGGUGCACCCACAUCAUAAUAGGGCGUGACCAUGCAGGGGUGGGCAGCUACUAUGACCCCUUUGCGGCGCACAAGAUCUUUGACGACUAUCCGGAUCUUGAGAUCGCCCCGAUAUUCUUCCCGGCGUUCUUUUACUGCCGCAAGUGCAUCACGUUCACAAACCCAAGGGCAUGCCCGCACGGUGCAGAAGAUCGGGAGCAGAUCAGCGGCACAAAGAUGAGGGCGAUGAUCCAGGAAGGCAAGGCCCCAAGCGAGUUCAUUCUGCGGCCCCAGGUAUCCAAGAUAAUACUGGACCAUCCGGCGCCGUUCGUCGAUUAG